GUCCUUGAUCACAUAUUCGGAAUUCCUCACUACGCUUUUGAAAGUGGAUGUGCAAGUAGUAAUUGUACGACGUUCUUCUCGCUCAUUAAUCUCUCACACUCUAUCUGAAGUCGUAAUGUCUUUUUGCGAGACUGUAGUUUAUGAGUGAAGUAGUAUGGUUUACGAUAACCGGUCUUGAAUUUCAGCUCGAAAUUCUUUAUCCAUAUGGCUAAAUGGCGUCUUGUCGUUUUAGCUGAUAUCAGUUCGUGAUAAAAACACUAGAUAUAACUUCUCAACAUAAUUACCCGGUGCAAAUCACAAUCCUUAUCCUUCAUACAGGUUUAAAACCCUCAUUCAACACCAACCUCGAGGUUGAUGUUGAUUUUUGUACUUGUUGUGAUUAUCCGUGCUUUGUGUACUUGUUGCACCAAAAAGCAUUCUCAAUAUAUCUAAACUAAAAGCGAUUUGGUUAAGGUUUGAAUUUUCUGCUAAACUUUGUCUCGUGGUACCUUUUGCUACUUAUUGACUGACACUCGUGUUCACAUUGUGAUCAUAUUGUGUUUUAAACCUUUUUUAAUCAAAUUACAAUGGUUAGUAAGACUUGUAAAUGUGGACAAACAAACUGCUUGUUCCCCGUUGAGGGAAGAAAGCAGUGCGAUGAAUGUAAAAAGUGGUACCAUUAGAUGUGAACGCGUCUAAGUCCUACAGCUUACAAAAGAUUCUCGAAGCCUAACUCGCAUUGGCUUUGUAUGCUUUGCUGUACAAAUAAUAAGUUACCGAUCCGUCAACACUAACGACGAGUGAAGUGCCACUUGAUAUUGGUAAUCAUACACCUCUAGUGGAAAUUGAAGACCCGGAUAAAACUGUCACCGUUCCAAAUAGUCCCGGUGCGGCUGUCCUGAGUGAUGAUAAAUGGACUUCAGUACGGAGAAAAAGAAAUGAGAAGAAAAAAGCUGUACGUGAAGGGCAGCUGGUUAGCAAAUAAUUGGGAGAGACGGUAUCAGAAACAAAGACUCCACUGUGUCAAGGCAGACUUCUCUGAGAGGUCAGUCGUCUUUCAUAAGUUAAGAGAAUCUUCCGAUAAGGAACCAAAGGCUAGGUUUGAACACGACCUCAGUCAUAUUAAGUCUUAAAUAAGCAAUUUACUCCCAGAUACAGUUUCAGCAGUUAGUAAGCUCUGAAAGUCAUCAGAAAAACCGCCUCUUGAAGGUUACAUUUGCCACGGUUGAAGAAAUGAAACUGAUUCUAGGUAAUUCACGUAAAGUGAUUGGAUCCGGAAUAUACGUCCAUGAGGAUCAUAGCCUAGCUGAUCGUACUAAGAGACGAGCUGCAGAACUGGAAAUAAAUGAGGGUCGCCAAAACGGUGAAGGAAACUUUGUUCUUAAGGGUUUUCAAAAUGUAAAAGUUCGGAGCAGAACGAUCUCCAAACCGCUCUGGGUGGUAAGGAAAAGUUCCCCACAGACUUAAAGGUAUGCUACACAAAUGCUCGCAGCCUACUAAAUAAAAUUGCAAAGUUCAGGUCAGUGGUGGAUAAAGAAAAACCGGAUGUUAUUGCUGUCUCAGAAACUUGGUUAACGUCAGAAGUAUUAGAUAAUGAAAUUCAGUUGACUGGUUUUUUUACCCACCAGGGCUGAUAGAUUAAACCCUAGGGAUGGCGGGCUUAUCCUGUACCCCACAAUGUAUGACUUAAGAAACUCUUCUUUAGAUUUAGUCUUCACACACAGUGAUGACGUUGGUCAAAUGACUUUCCUCCCACCACUAGGAAGGAGUGACCAUGCAGUCAUAUUAUUCAAAUUCAUGGCUGAGAUUGCCUGUCAAACAGUUGCGCCGGCACGUCCUAAUGUAUGGAAGACAGAUAUGGAGGCAAUCAACUCCGCAGCAUCGACUUAAAACUGGGAAAUUGGCACAAGGGCAUCAGUACAAGUCAUGGACUCUUUUCAGGCAGUUAUACAACCGGGUAACUCAACCAUACAUGCCCUGGACAGUUCCAAAGAAGAAGAUGCACGUCCAUCCCUGGAUAGGCCGGGAUAUUUGACGUUUACUAAGACGAAAGUAAAAAAUGUUGGGAUGUUGCCAUCUGCCUUGGCACAGCAGGUACGAUGGAACGCUACAGAUCGGUAAAAAACAAGUGCAUAACGAAAAUUCGGGAAGCUCGAAGAAAAUACGAAAUGCAGUUGGCACAAUCUGCACUCAGACAGCCCAAGAGAAUAUUCUCGUACAUAAACUACGGAACAAGGAUGCAUCAUUGGAUUCUCAACCUAAUUAAAGAAGAGGGUGAAUGUGAAAUGAUAGAGGAAGAUCAGGAAGAAGCAGAGACCAUGGCUGACUAUUUUGGGGCAGUGUUCACUCAGGAACCUCCUCUAGACAAAGAACCAAACCAAAAUAAAGAGUCAACAAACCACCUGCCCACCGUUGACUUCGAUCAAAAUGAUGCGCUUGAGGCUCUUAGCACCUUAAAUAUGAAAAGUCAACAGGACCAGAUGAACUACACCCCAAAAUAUUGAGACAUAUUGCACAAUAUAUCGCAGUCCCACUGACUGAUAUUCAAUAUGUCACUUGACCAAGGUGUGUUACCUGUGGACUGGAAGGAAGCAAUCGUCACUCCCAUACAUAAAACAGUACCAAAACAACUUCCAUCGAACAACAGACCUGUAAGCCUCACCAGAUAUUGGAAAGAAUAGUCAAAAAGACCAUAAUGACAUGUGUGGAAACCAGCAAGCAGCAUGGUUUUAGAAAGGGUCUUUCUUGUACAACGAACCUCUUUAUAGUAAGGGAAUUUUGGAUAAAGGCGCUAGACAACGGAAAUUCAGUGGAUGUUGUCUACAUACACUUCAGUAAGGCUUUUGACAAGGUGCCAACUAAGGGACUGCUAUUGAAGUUGAGAAACCUUGGUAUUUCCGGACCUCUUUUAAAAUGGAUUAAGGAUUUCCUAGUAAGUCGUGGACAGAAGGUAAGAAUAAAUUCCAAAUGCUCCAUCUGGAGACCAGUACUUAGUGGAAUACCUCAAGGUUCCGUCCUAGGUCCUUUACUUUUUAUAAUGUAUGGUAAUCUUCCAAGUAUAGUACAGUCUCCAAUGUUAUUAUACGCUGACGAUGUAAAGAUCUGGCGAGUAACAACUGGAGACACAGACGCAUGUGCUCUUCAGACAGACUUAAAUAAUAUGAUUAACUGGUCUAAAGAGUGGCUGAUGCCUAUCAACGCGGCAAAGUGUAUCUACAUGCACUUUGGGGAUUCAAAGAUUAUUAAGUACAACAUAGGGAAGUGCCAUUACCCGUGAUCCGGCCUCAUAAGGAUCUAGAGGUGACAGUGAGUCAUGAUCUUAAGACGACGGCCCAUUGCCGGGAAGUCCCAGCUAAGGGAUUUCGAACACUCUGGGCUUUAAAACGAACAUUCACUAAGUUAGAUACUACCAUGUUCACCACAGUAUACACAUCCUUAGUGAGAACCAAGCUUGAGAACUGCGUUCAGACUUCAAGCCCCUGUUUAAAGGGUGACUCGGAUAUCCUAGAAAAGUACAGAGGGCAGCUACCCGUGCAACUCCAAAACUCCGGGGUUUAUCAUACAAACAGCGGUUUGAAAAGCUGGACCUCUUUACUCUGUCCUAUCGCAGAUUAAGGGGAGAUCUAAUUUUGAUGUACAGAAUACUGAGGAAUGAUUUUGGACCUAACUUAUUCUCUCUUUUUCUCCCCACUAGAUCAGGACAUCUUAGAGGACAUAGCAGGCGAGUAGAAAAACCAAGAACGAACAAAAUACCAGUGGCAUACAGGUUUUCACACCGAGUCAUCAAUGAUUGGAACCUGCUGCCCGAAGCAGUGGUGUCCGCACCCUCAAUCGACUCUUUCAAGAGAAGACUGGACACUCACAGAAGCAUACUAGGAAAGGAAUAACAUAGGCCGUAGGCCUUCUGUCCUUACCACACAAAUCUGAAUCUAGUCAGUUGGUGAAUAUUCUGAAGGACGCUUUCGAGUCACUCAAAGGUUCAUAAAUUAUGGUCUCACUAAAAACUAUUAAGGUCACUUUAACGUCGCUAAAAGGCCGUCCAUAAAUUAUAGUCACUGAAUUUGUUUGUUCCUUCCCUUUUCUGUAGUUCUUCGUUAUUCUUCCUGGACAAGCGUAAGUUUCACUGUUAUGGACAGUUAGUCAACAUUUACAAGAGUUCCUAGAAGACUCUUAGUUUCUGAUAUGUAAGUUAAGGGAUCCCAUUAUAUUGUGCAUUUGUUUGAAAACAAACAAGUGUUGUCUAUGUGUAUAGAUACUUAGAAUACAGACCAAUGGGAUCAUGUUCAAAUCACGAGUAUUUGUGCCUUAGCCGAACGAAAUAUUGUUUGCAAGCCGAUCUCAAUCUCCUUAUUUUGGGAAGACUUUGGGGGAUUUUGGGAUUUUUCAUAAAGUCGUAAGAAAUAUGUGUAAUAAGAUCCUGGGGAAAAUCGCCUAAGUUUUGGGGAAAUUUUGGGUAUUCUUUAAUUUAGUCAGAUUGGGAUACAAUGCUCAUCGUACUCAUUCGUUUUUCCUAGAGGACCUGAAAUUUGUGUCAAGCACGAGUGCUUAUGGUUUUUUAAUGCAUGUGGAAAGCCCAUGUCACUACUUUUUUGUUCGUUGUUUAUUAGUCUACUUCAGAAAAUCGAUCGUUUCGUCCGGUCAUUUUCAUGCCAUAUUCAUAGCAGUUUUAACCGUUAAAUACACCCCUAUAUUUUGCAUUUCGCAUAUUGGGAUCUUAUUUGAUAGUAAUAGUUAUACACCACAUCGUUCCCAACUUUUCCCUUGUCUAAAGUUACGUAUGUUUUUUAGGUUUUUAUCUCAAUUAUGAAAUGUUCGCCUCUCAACCAAAUAUUAAACCAACACAUAUUCCUCCCAUUAUGGAAUGCCCACCAAUGCCUCAUCCAGCAAUGAAUGUGAAUUUCCCAACAUUUUAUUCUGGCAGUUUCGUGCAGAAUAAUAUCUCAUCUCUUGCACAGGAGAGCUUAUAUGAAAUUCAACGACUUAGACUACUUCUGACUAAUUUGCUGACUUCUAUACAAUCUGAUGAAAAAGAUCCUGAGGAAAAAAAUAAGAUUGUGGACGAAAACUUUGUGCUAUUCAAUAGAAAUGGUAGUACGAAGUGUGAAAACAUUCCUAGUCCUCUAUUUACAACUGGAGAAGGAAAAACAAACGGGAUCGUGCCUGAAUGUCGCAACAACCUCCCUCAAACUCUUGGUACGAAGAAUUUAUCGUGUGAAAAGUUAGCAUUACACAAAACAGUCAAUCAAAUCAGUGAUGUUUUUAAUAAUUUGGAUCAACUAGCCAGUCGAAUGCAGGUCAAUCGGUUAUCUGGUCGACCUAGUGACCAUGGUUUACAAAAUGCAUUAUCUCUGUUUAACACCGUUGAACAGUUAGAAUUUAGCCGUAAUAGUUGGCUAUAUGAAUCUCCGCUAUCUCAGUACGUGGGGACCGAUGAUCACGGGAAAGAAUCUGAUUGUCGUCGUGUUGACUGGCUUAUGGAUAGAAUCGAAGCGGAACGUUGGAGUCAUAGAUAUUGGGGACGCACUCGUACUGUGCUUGAAGGUUUACUGGCUUGCUCCGCAUUCAGACGCUCUCAUUUAAAUACAGAUCAUUCCCGCAGGCGAACGGAUUUUCUCAAUAUAAUCAAUCGAGAUUAUGGUGCUGAUUUGGAACAUUUACUCAAUGAAUUAAAUGUUAAUUUGCCGGACCUCACUAUAACGUUAAUCGAACCAUCAUCUGUUGUAUCCGUAGCACAUUUAAGAAUUGGUGAGAUAAUGCAAUGCUUUGUGACUUUUCGUCAGUUGAAUCCAGAAAGAAUUAUUGUUCGUGGAGUAUCGGAACCGAUGAUUAUAAAAACACACUCUGAUUUCCCGAACAACAAUUUAAAUAUUGAGGAAAAACCCUUAUCUUUAGCAACCGAGGAACUAUUAUCUGAUUCAGGUCUUGAUUCAUUGCCGAAAAUUCGUGAUACUGUUGUCUCUUUACUAAGUCCUGACUCGAAAGCUCGAUCACUCCCAGACCAUAGACAACAGCGAGGCUCAAAACUCAUCCGCUUUUGUAGUAUACAUCAAUCGAAGCUCGAUCUUUUUACACCAAGUCGUCAUCCAUUGUUUCGGCGUAUCACUUCCUUAGCCCAAUGUGCCCUUCUUCAUUUUUCUAAUGAAUAUAAACCUCCUUCUGCCAUUCGUGGGUUUUGUGCUUGGCUUCACAGUUAUCGCGACUUGUUCAGUGCCCCAUGCUGUCGUUGCGGUCAGCUUCUAGGUCAAAAUGUUGAACUACCACUUUGGCGUAGUUAUCCUCAAAUGAGAAAGGAUAAUUCUCGAUCUAUGGAACCCCAACAUGAACACUGUCAAGCCAUUAUAUAAACAAUCAUAUACUUGUUUUCUGACUUUUUGAUUACUUCCUAUCAUUUGUAUAGAUAAACUCUACAAUUUAAUAUACCCUGGCUGUAACUUGAGCGAAAUGUUAAUUCCUAUACACUACACCACCUUUGUAAUACAUAUAAGUUAUGUACC